AUGACUGGAGAAAACAUUCCUCGGGGCGAGUUUAUUGGAAUUGUCAUCGGGGCCGUCGUGCUGUUCACACUCAUCAGCGCUGUGCCAAUCCUGAUUAUGUGGCAUCAUCGACGACGACAAGCCUCACGGGGCUCUGGUGACACGGAGAACCUUGAGCCAGAAACACGCGAAAGUCCCAUCGAGCAAUGGAUCGAAGGGCAGAACGCAGGCAGUGACGUUGCACAUCAUUUGCAUGAUCCUUGUGAUGAGGAUGCGGGGGUUGCCCAAGGCUCGGCGGUGGACCAACUGUCUUCCCGGCGCCCAGACAGCGACCAGAUUGUCUUGGCAAACUUCUGGGCGCCGCUCGGCGUGAGCAAUUCCCUCCGGUCUUGGCGCACCCGCCCCGGUAACAUGCCCUAG